GUUUAUGUGAUUGGAAGCCACAGGGAUUGAUACUGGGACCCCGACUGAUUGUUAUAUACACUAACAGCUGUUAAUGUAGGAGAUGGCUGGUCAACUGCAGCACAACCUUGGGCCCAGAUGGAUCAAUAGUGUCUGACUCACAGAUAUGGCCAAAAAUCUGGGCACCCUGAGAAACAGUACCGUUAAAGGAAUGCCAAGAGUAUACUCGGUGGUUCAAGAGUGCACUGCGAGCAAUUUUGGAGAGAUAAGUGUAUUCGUAGCAAACCCAGCAGUCGCAUCCAACAAUGAGUUACUCUCAGGUGCCCGUAUCCUGUUGACUGGAGCCAGUAAAGGAAUUGGUGAGCAGAUGGCAUAUCACUACGCCAGGUUCGGUGGUGAACUUGUAAUAACUGCACGAAAUAAAACUCUGCUGAAACAAGUGGAAGAAAAGUGUUUGCAACUGGGCGCCAAGAAAGUAUACUCAGUCUCUGCCGAUAUGUCUGAUCCAAAGAGUGCAGAUCGAGUGGUGAAAUUUGCCCUGGAGAAGCUAGGUUCUCUGGGCUAUUUGGUUUUGAAUCACAUCGGAAAUGAUCCUUUUGAGAUGUGGAAUGGGGAUGCUGAGCAAACCAGAUGGCUGAUGCAAGUGAAUUUCCUGAGCUACGUCCAGCUGACAGCUGCAGCAUUGCCCACAUUGUUGAAAACCAAUGGAUCUAUUAUUGUCAUUUCGUCCCUUUGCGGCAAGAUUGCCGUUCCUUAUGUAGCUUCAUACUCAGCCUCAAAGUUUGCUUUGGAGGGAUUCUUCAACUCCCUGCGCUACGAGCUCACAAUGCAGAAGAAGAACGUAUCAAUCACUCUGUGCAUCCUCGGACUGAUAGACACUGAGUCAGCCAUGGAGAAAAUAAGAGCCAGGGGCCUUACAAAACUGAGCCCUUAUCCUGCCUCAGAGACAGCACUGAACAUUAUCAGAGGAGGAACUGUAAGGUCACAGGAGAUUUAUUGCCCGUGGUGGACAGAGGUGAUUGUGCGUACCCGAGACUGGUUUACUGCAGUGAAGAAUAAGGUUAGCGGAGCUGAUACCUCAGGACUCCUCAAUAGAACUCAUUCAGGUUAGCCAGUCUCAGCGAGAACACACCAGCACAAUGACAGUUCUGAGAUUUAGUAUGAAGAGGUGGCUGACUUCUAACCAACUCCCUUACCCUGAUUGAAGAAAUGUUUCCCUUGACAUUCUUACAUAAGGGAACAGUUUAAAAGGAGCAAUCUAAAUGUCACUCACUUUCCAUGAGCUCCAUGAAUAUCAAGAAUCAGAGUGCCAAGGGGGAUGAAUUUUACUUUCCAACAAAAAACUUAUGGGACAUUAUUCAAAGUCUAUGUGGAAUAUUCCAGUUACUUACAGAUAAUGAUUACCCAAGUGGGCAUCUUUGAGUACCUUUAACACCGCCAACUUUUUAGUUGGGUCAUUUGUGCCUACCCGGGUUGGCAGUGUAAUGUCUUCAGAAUGAAGUGGAACAUACAUAUAUAAAUCCCAGAGGUAGAGUUUAUUU